GGGGAGUGGCUUCUGCGCUUCGUUGUAAUAUGAUUGGAUAGUGUUUGCUAAGUGGGCGUUCCUUAGCGCGGAUCGCUUUCUUUCCCUGUUCAAGUGAGUCAUUCCACUGUCAGCCGCCGCCCUGUCCUAUCUGGAGAUAAGUGGGUGUCGGAGUCCUAGGUUAUCACCAUGUUUAUGAUGAAGCAGCUUAUGGGGGGUGGCGGAGGAGGAUUCGGUUCUUCUGGAAUCUUUGGAGGUCUUCUCAAUGUAAUCGGUGAGGCUGCUUCUAACUACAACCCUGAGCCCCCGCCUCCACGGAGCCAUUUUUCAAAUGUUGAGGCAAACGAGAGUGAGGAAGUUAGACAGUUUCGCCGACUGUUCACCCAGUUAGCAGGAGAGGAUAUGGAAGUCAGUCCCACAGAACUGAUGGGAAUCCUAAACAAGGUGGUCUCACGGCAUCAGGACCUGAAGACAGAUGGAUUUAGCCUUGAUUCUUGUCGGAGUAUGGUGGCUGUGAUGGAUAGUGAUAGCACUGGGAAGCUGGGAUUUGAUGAAUUCAAAUAUUUGUGGAACAACAUCAAAAAAUGGCAGGGUGUAUAUAAGAGGUUUGACAUGGAUCGCUCGGGGACAAUUGGGAAAAAUGAAUUGCCUGGAGCCUUUCAAGCCGCUGGGUUUCCAUUGAGUGGUCAAUUGUAUCAGAUGAUUAUCAGACGAUAUUCUGAUGAGAAGGGAGAGAUGGAUUUCGACAACUACAUUUGCUGUCUGGUGCGACUUGACGCCAUGUUCCGUGCUUUCAAAGCUCUAGAUAGAGAUGGAGAUGGACAGAUUAAAGUGACGAUUCAGGAGUGGCUGCAGCUGACAAUGUAUUCAUGAAAGGAAAAUCUGUCAACAACCUGAAGUGGAACAUUCGCCAAAAAGAUUUCUAUUUUUUUUUUUUUAUUAUUUUUUUUUUAAAUCCCUCCUGCUGUAAAACCAUUUUUUUUUCUCUUUACGUCUUCAGAGUUUAAAAUCUGAGUGUCCGAGCGAGCUGUGAAUGUACUGCUGUCUAUGGCGAUACAGCUGUGUAUAAGGAUAUUAAAGGGACAGUCUACACCAGAAUUUUUAUUGUUUUAAAAGAUAGAUAAUCCCUUUAUUAUCCAUUUCCUAGUUUUGCAUAACCAACACAGUUAUAAUAAUAUACUUUUAACCUCUGUGAUUAUCUUGUAUCUAAGCCUCUGCAAACUGCCCCUUUUUCAGUUCUUUUGACAGACUUGCAGUCUAGCCAAUCAGUGCCUGCUCCCAGAUAACUUCUCGUGCACGAGCACAGUGUUAUCUAUAUGAAAUACGUGAACUAACACCCUCUAGUGGUGAAAAACUGUUAAAAUGCAAUCUGAAAGAGGUGAGCUUCAAGGUCUAAGAAAUUGGCAUAUGAACCUCCUAGGUUAAGAUUUCAACUACGAAUACCAAUAGAACAAAGCAAAAUUGGUGAUAAAAGUAAAUUGGAAAAUUGUUUAAAAUUACAUUCUCUAUCUGAAUCAUGAAAGUUUAUUUUGGCCUAGACUGUCCCUUUUAAGUGCUCCCAUUUCAUGUAUUCAUCACAGAUCAGAGUUGAAGCUGAAUGCGUGACAUUCCACCCUACCUGUACAGCAACCAUAUGGGGCAUUUGCUAUGGUCAAAGCAGUGUGAAACUUUUCAUAUGUUACCUGAUCUGUAAUACUGAAUAAAUAAAAGUGUAAUUAAAUUUC